UUGAGUAUACCCACACGAUAUGUUGGGACGUAUCGUUCUAUUGUUACUUUUUGGUUUCGAGAGUGCGACUUUUUCCGCGGCCGCUCGUCCAUUUGUUCAAACUCAUCUUGGGGGCAUCGUGGGUUACCACAAGGUAUCUUUCGGCGGACGCAGGUACGAGGCGUACGAAGGUAUACCCUACGCGCUACCACCAAUUGGAGAGAGACGAUUCCAGCCACCCGAACUGGUCCGAAAAUGGAUGGGCAAUCUGACGGCAACGAAAUCGCCGAGUCCCUGCAUCCAAUACCACCACGAGCACUUGAACUACCGAGUCCUCGGCACCGAGGACUGCCUCUACUUGAGCGUUUACGUGCCAACCGAGAUAAAUGGCAGUCACCCACUACCGGUCAUAUUCACCAUCCACGGAGGGGCAUUUCAGUUCGGCUCGGCGCUCGCGGGUGCGAGAUUCCUCAUGGAUAGGGACGUCAUAGUCGUGGGGAUAAACUACAGGCUCGGGCCCUUUGGCUUCCUGAGCACGGAGGAUGACGGGGUCGUGCCCGGCAACAUGGGACUCAAGGACCAGAGCGCGGCUCUACGCUGGACCUCGGAAAACAUCCGCCACUUUGGCGGCGACCCCGAGAGGAUCACUUUGAUCGGUUACAGUGCGGGCGGGGCCAGUGUCCACUUUCACUACUUGUCGCCGAUGAGCAGGGGGUUGUUCCGGAAUGGCUUGUCGUUCAGCGGUACGGGCUUCGGACCGGGAAAGCAUUGCGAGAACUCGAGGGACAAGGCCCGAAAAUUGGCGGCUGCUUUGGGCUGCCCCACGGAAAGCACGCGGGAGGCGAUCGAGUGCUUGAGGUACAGACCGUCACGGACGAUAUCGGAAGCGACGAAAAACUUCAUGCCAUGGCUGUACAAUCCGUUCACCCCCUUCGGACCAGUCAUCGAGGCAGUCGGCGAUGAGCCGUUCAUGAAUCGCUCGGCAGCGGAGAUCAUCGACAGUGGAGACGUGGCCGAUUUGCUCUGGAUUACCGGUGUCGUUAGCGAAGAUGGGCUUUAUCCGAUUGCGGAAUUCAUCAACGACGAAGAUCUACUUGCCGAUUUGGAUAAAAACUGGGAAACCAUAGCUCCACAUCUUUUGGACUUUAACUAUACCGUACCCUUGGAUGAGCACGCAAGUGUUGCUAGAAGUAUUAGAAGUCACUAUUUCGGUACAAAACCAAUCGACAAGAGAACGACAAAGGAAUUGAUAGCCAUGACGGGUGAUAGGCUGUACGCGGUUGAUGGCGAAAAAGCAGCGAAAGCCCAAGCCAAAGUGAAUAAAAGUUCGGUGCUCUUUUGGUACUACAGCUAUCGAGCUCUGACGAGUGCGAGCGACCUUUUGAGCGACACCAUGGAUAAUUACGGUGUUUCCCACAGCGACGACAUUGGUAUGGUAUUUGAGAACAAUUUCAUGUACCCACCGAUGAAUGCCAGAGACCGUGCGAUGCAAAUUAAAUUGAUCGAUCUCGUUGUCUCUGUGGCGGAGAAAGGGUAUCCCGAUUUGAAUCUCGACUUUGAGUGGGAAAGAGUCGACCCGAGCAAAGAAGAGCUCGAUUACCUCCACAUAGCAGGUCCUGAAGUUAUUAAGAUGGAGAGCAAAGCCAAUAUGGGCCAGAAACACUUUUGGUCAACUAUCGACUUCGACGAGAAUAAAUUGUGAGAUUGUGAAAAAAAAUUUACACCAUUUGUUUUUUUUUAUAAAAUUUAUUUUUCCAUUUGUGUACACUAAUCUAAUGAUCUGAAGUAAUUAUUGUGAUUUGGCGUUAAAUUUAUCACAUAAAAAAAAAAAUCUGUAAAUAAAGUUGAUAUAGGUUUUGAAUAAAACUUUUUAAAGUCCACGUACUUUGACCAGUUCUCAGAGGCUGGAAGGUGUGAAUUAAAAAUAAAUCCAACAUAAGCUUC